UCUUACAGAGAAUCGCAAAGAUCACUACUUGUUUUUAACGUCUGAGUACACACGUCGGACUACCGGGUUUCUUGCACCUGAAUACACACGUCCGUCGGAUCACCAAGUGUCUAACACACACACACACACACACAUGUCAGUUGGAUCACCAGGUUUCUAACACAGACACACAAGUUGAGGAUCCUACGCCUGAGUGGAGAUCGAGCCGUGCCAUGGAACCAUGACCCCAGAGGAACAUCUGGAAGGAUUCUGCAACGACGCCAGUCCCAACUGGUUCUGGUCUCAGACCAUGAACUACGUGGGCCAGUUGGCAGGCCAGGUGUUUGUACAGGUGAAGGAGCUGUACCGGGGCCUGAACCCGGCCACUCUUUCAGGCUGCAUCGAUGUCAUCGUGGUACGUCAGCCUGACGGCACCCUGCAGUGCCGCCCCUUCCACGUCCGCUUGGCACAGAUGGGCGUGCUGCGCUCCCGUGAGAAAGUGGUAGAGGACAAGGGAAUGGGGAGGGGGGGUGACAUAGAGAUCAAUGGAGAGCCUGUGAGUCUACAAAUGAAGCUGGGGGAGAACGGAGGCUUCUUCGUCAAGGAGACAGAGAACACACAGGAAGUGGUUCCAUCAUACCUGGCGACGUCACCUAUCGUGUCCCAGGGGGCGGAGCUAAUGGAAGCUCAGCUGGGGAGGGGUGUGUCUCGCCUCUCUGACCCCGCCUCCCUCCAGGUCCAGACCCUGGGCUCCCAGCAGACCACAGGAGGAGGAGGAGGGGAAGGAGGCAUGAUGAUGAAGAAGAGGAGGAAAAGGAGGAGGAAGGCACGGGAAAGCGGAGGAGGGAGACGGGAGGAGAGUGGGGAGUACUCAGAGGAUGAGGACAUGUUCACCAUCGACAUGAGCACUGAUGAGGAGAGAGAGCACGACAACAAUAGUAGCAGGGCCUCUUCUCGGGAGCUCAAUGGAGAGCAGGGCCCUAAGGCCAGUGUGUUGAGCAGCAACUACACCCAGAACACAACAUACACACACUCUGACGCAGACUGGGCACGCUCACAGAGUGCUAUAAUAGAGCAGACACGUACUCUGUCUAUCCCUCCUAGCGGUGGUCUGUCCAUCUCCUGUCCACAGCAGACUUCUGUCUUCCCUUCUCCUGUCAGCCCCGGUGGCUCCCGCCCCUCCACUCCGAAGAGUGACUCGGAGCUGACCAAUCAAAGCAAAGACAACCCUGAGAUUCUGUGGGCCUGGGGGGAGCUGCCACAAGCUGCCAAGCCCUCCUACCUCCCUCCAUCCCAGAUACAAGAUUCUGGGAUGAAGUCCCCUGUCUCCAUCCCUGUGUGUGACAGCACACACUUCAGGACCAUCCCCGGAGACUGUGGCCCCCCUGGCCAGACCCAGAGCCACCCAGACAAUGUCCCCCCAUCCCUCAACCCAUACAUGCCCCAGCCUGGGAACAACACGGCUGGGCCCGGGGCUGGAGGGGACAUGGAGUUAGUAGGGGCAGCCUGUAGAGAGGUGGAGGGGCUGAUGGCCUCCAGGUUGCUGUCAGAACUGGAUGAGGGGGGCAGCCCGGUCAGACGCACAGACUCCCCAUCCAAGAGGAAAGACAAGAGGAGCCACCACCUGGGCUCGGAUGGAAUCUACCUGGAUGACAUCACUGAGCUGGAGCCAGAGGUGGCUGCUCUGUACUUCCCUAAAAGUGACGGUUCAGUGAGAGCAGGCUCGGAGACAGGGGCCCGGAGCGCCAACCAAUCACCUCAGUCGGUGGGCAGCAGUGGGAUGGACAGCGGUGUGGACAGCUACUCUGACCAGCUGGGAGACAUGCCCAACAUCGCCAUCUCCCUGUGUGGAGGUCUCACUGACAACAGAGAGAUCACAAAAGAACAGUUCCAGGAGAGAGCCAUCUCUUACCAGCAGUUCACUGAAAACCCCUCCAUCAUCGACGAUCCUAACCUGGUGGUCAAGAUUGGAACCAAGUACUACAACUGGACCACCGCAGCCCCUCUCAUGCUGGCUAUGCAGGUGUAUCAGAAGCCCCUGCCAAUGGCCACGGUGGAGAACAUCAUGAAGGAGAAGAUGCCCAAGAAAGGAGGCCGCUGGUGGUUCUCAUGGCGCAGCAGGAACAGCGACUCCAAAUCGGACUCAGUGUCUGAGAUAGGAGUUGGAGACGGGAGAGAGACCUCUCUCAGCAUGGCUUCCGUCAAUGGAAUGAAGGAGGAGUCUUCCUCCAGCGAUGAGGAACACAGACCGUCCAAUCAAGAAUCCUGCCAGCCCGAGCCUCUUCUCACGCCUGGUAGUGUCUUCUACAGGAAGACCCUCAGACUGACCCCAGAGCAGCUGGCCAGUCUUCAGUUGAAGGAGGGUCCUAAUGAGGUGGUGUUCAGUGUGACCACUCAGUACCAGGGCACCUGUCGCUGCCAGGGCACCAUCUAUCUCUGGAGCUGGGACGACAAGAUUGUCAUCUCAGACAUUGACGGCACCAUCACCAGAUCUGACACCCUGGGCCACAUCCUGCCAACGCUGGGUAAAGAUUGGACCCACCAGGGCAUUGCCCGCCUCUACCACCGAGUCAGCCAGAACGGUUAUAAGUUCAUGUACUGCUCUGCAAGGGCUAUAGGUAUGGCUGAUAUGACGAGGGAAUAUCUCCACUGGGUCAACGAGAGAGGAACCAUGCUGCCUAUAGGACCUGUCCUACUCAGCCCCAGCAGCCUGUUCUCGGCCCUGCACAGGGAGGUGAUAGAGAAGAAGCCUGAGAGGUUUAAGAUUGAGUGUCUGACCGACAUCAAGCAGCUGUUCCACCCCAACACUGAGCCUUUCUACGCAGCCUUCGGCAACAGAGCCACGGAUGUGUAUUCCUAUAAGGAGGUGGGCGUUCCCCUAAACAGGAUCUUCACAGUCAACCCCAAGGGAGAGCUGAUACAGGAACACGCCAGGACCAACAUCUCAUCGUAUGGUCGUCUGUGUGAGGUGGUGGACCACGUCUUCCCCCUGUUGAUCAGAGGUCACGUCUCGGACUUCUCCUGCCCUGACACCUUCAGCCAGUUUACCUACUGGAGAGAACAGCUGCCCCAGAUCCACAGCCCUGAUCAGCCCCAGAUCCACAGCCCUGAUCAGCCCCAGAUCCACAGCCCUGACCAGCCCUUGGUCCACACCCCUGACCAGCCCCUGGUGCACACCCCUGACCAGCCCCUUCGUUCACACCCCUGACCAGCCCUUGGUCCACACCCCCUGACCAGCCCUUGGUCCACACCCCUGACCAAGCCCUUGGUCCACACCCCUGACCAGCCCUUGGUCCACACCCCUGACCAGCCCCUGGUUCACACCUCUGACCAUCCUCUGGGCAUCAGGUGUGGAGAACCCACUUCCACACCAGACCACCCCAUAAGUGACCUGUGUUGCAAUCUGGGAAGGAAAGGAGAGACACUUUUAUGAUGAUGACGGCGUGCAAAUGGAAAGAGCAUGUCUCUGCUCUAAUGUCACACACACACACACACACACACACACACACACACACACACACACACACACACAC